UCGCGCAGUUGCCUCCGCAGGCUGUCGUUCUCUCGCCGGGCCCGGACCGUCUCUUCCCGGUACCGGACCGUCUCUUCCCGGUACUCGCUGACCGUGUCCUCGACCACGUCCAGGAUGUCCCUGACCAGCGCCGUCAGCCGCUCCGUCAGGCGUCAUGACAGAAUUGAUUGACAUCUGACGGCUUCCUGGUGGACAUGAACUUCACUCUGCUGCUCCCACCUUAAAGCAGAACACACAGGAAGAGGAAGAGGAAGACGGGGGCGACCCUCACAGGGCUGAAGAGCAACGUUGUCAGCGAGACCCUCCCCCCCACCCCCCCUCCAGCGGCAUGGCGGACGUUGAGCGCGGCGCCGUGACGAGCCAACCGGGCACGGAAGAACAACAAGCCCCACCCCCAGCAGCAGACAGUAACGGCGCCGGUACGGCAACAACGGCCGCCUUCGGAACCCCCGCCGGCCAGGCGGAGGUCAAAGGCGCUCACGCCAACGGUCAGGAGGGUCUGGGCAGCCAAUCAGCUCUGAUGGCGGGCGGCUCGCCGCGGUCGUCGCUCAGCCAGCAGCCCGGCGCCAUCACGGAGGGUCUGGAAGACGGAUCCAAACCGCCAGACUACCUGAUCCUCGCCAUCUUGUCCUGCUUCUGUCUGCUGUGGCCGAUCAACAUCCCCGCCCUCGUCUUCUCCGUCAUGUCCCGCAACAGCCUUCAGCAGGGGAACGUGGACGGCGCUCGCCGCUUGGGCCGCAACGCCAUGGUGCUGUCGGUGAUCGCCAUCUUGGGGGGAACCGCCAUCAUCAUCGCCGCCAUCGCGCUCAACUGGGGACGGAUUUUGAAGUCGGGAUAGGACACGCCCCCCCGCCGUUCCUGCACGACGAGCAUGCGUGAUGACCUUCUACCUCCGACAAGAUGGCCGACCGACCGCAGUUGUCACGGCAACACGUCUCGUCAGCCAGUCUGCAUGCCAAGUUUUUGCAUGAGUAAAGUAGCAAACUAAUGUUUACAUCCAAUCACUUUGAGACUAUGCCGUAACCGUGGCGACCAGAGGAGUGCAUGUUUACAAUGUUACGACUGUUAGCACUUUGUCAUAAUUAGCCCGCCACGUAAGUGUUGACGUUUGACGACGCUAUGAGGGCGAGGUCAGGAGGCCACGCCCCUUCCCUUAGCCCCGCCUCCAGCAUAUGUAGCAUGCCUGUUUACUAACGACAAUAUGCAAGUCGACGACGCUAAUGUUAGCAUCUCUAAUGCACUACGGCUAACUGAAUGCUAGCUCAAUGCUAACCUGUUUGUUUUGAUGACAUUUAUCUUGAAGAUGAUUGGUUAAUAUUUAGUCACAUGUCACCUCGUCACCAUGACAACGUUUGCACUUAACCACACCGUCCUUCUUUGAUUUAGACAUUUUUGAAAUGUGAUCUUUGUAUUUGUAUUCUCUUUUGUAUUCUUCACGAGCCUGCUUGCGUCACCCUGCUUAUUAUGGGAUGUCAGCAUGUACUAUAUGACAUGUACUGUAUGACAUGUACUUUAUGACAUGUACUGUAUGACAUGUACUGUAUGACAUGUACUUUAUGACAUGUACUGUAUGACAUGUACUGUAUGACAUGUACUUUAU